AUGGUGUCGUGGCUCCCCUUCAAUCGCCCGAACGCGUCCUCGCCCACCCUGUGUCAGCUGGAAGCCGGCUCAUCGCCGGUCGACCUUGCCCAGCCGGUUCCUGGCCGGCUCCGCCCCAUCCGAGACGAGGUUGAUUGUGAACCGCUCGAGCUUGGCCCGCCGGCAUUCCCCGUCCCGUCCGCCAUGGAGGCAGCGGAAAGACCUCAAGGCUCCAACGAGCAGGUGCUGCGCCCGACGCUGUGGUUGACGGCCCGCCAGAUCUUCUACCUGGUGGUCAUCCAAGGAUUCGGCGCCCUGCUCAUCGCAGGCGGCCUCAACUUCGCCAUCGGUUACUUCCUCUACUCCAGCCCGCGCCCUCCCCCGGGCCCCCCCCCGGCCGGCUCCCCGCCACCGUUCCUCUUCCGCCCGCCGGUCUCGCUCCUCAUCGACGCGGCCUUCACAACCAUCAUCGAGACCGCGCUGACCUGGUUCAGCGCCUUCUUCAUCGUCACGCGCGACCUCACGCGCGGGCGCAUCGCGCCCUUCGACCUGUCCGUCUGGCUGCCGGUCAUCCGGCGCGGCAACCGCGCCUGCGCCGCCUCGCGCCCCUUCUGGCGCUGGUUCUUCUUCCUCGACCACUACACGGCGGAGCGCGGCAGCGUGCUGUGCGCCUGCUUCGGCGGCCGCCGCUCCGGCUUCGGCCGCGGCGCCGCCUUCGUGCUGGCCGGCCUCGGCCGCUCGCUGCUCGUGGCCGCGCUCGCGUUCGCCCUCAUGGUCGGCCCCACCGUCGGCGUCCUGGCCGCCGUCGGCAGGCCGUUUGCGGGCGACUUCGUCUUCCUCGGUCGGUGGGACGGCGCCGUCUUCAAGGCUGUGUUCGGCGGAGUCUUGGGCUUGCUGGUCUCGCCGACUCUGGCGCUCAUGUGGAUGGCUCGCGCGGCUUGGAUUGUGCGCAAUUGGGGCGCCUGA